AUGUGGCACGAAGCGAGAAGAUCGGAGAAGAAAGUGCACGAUAUGAUGGACGCAGCUCGUAAAAGAGCUCAGCGUCGAGCUAUCUACUUAGCUAAACGCCGCGGAGAUCCUAUCCAGUCGAUCCAAGCCGUUGGAUCCCGCUUCAAAAUCUUCCGCGAUGACGGUCUUUACCAAGCCACCGAGGAUCAACACGGCCUGAUACCUUGGAACGGGAAGCAGGAUGUUAUGAUUGAUAGAUUUGAUGGACGUGCUAUGCUUGAUUUUGUGCGUGAGGCUGGUUCGAGAAGCAUACGGCCACAUAAGAAGUCGGAGGAGGAGGAAGAGGUGGAGGAGUUUGUUAAUUUUGAGCGUUAUCGGGAUUUGAUUAAGCAUCGCCGUAGAGGAUUUUCUGAUGGGGAGGGGUUGCUACACGUCAAUCAAGAACUUGAGGCUAAACUUGUUGCACCUUUCCUCGGGACAAAGCCACAACUAGCUCAACCACCUGCAAACAAAGGCACGUAUUCACAGGUUGGGUUUUCAUAUGGUGGAAACGGGAAAGAGGCAGCUUUGGAUGCGGAAGAAGAUGAUGAUGACGACGAGGAUGAUGAGGAUGAGGAGGAAGAUUUCGACAGUAAUGACAGUGAUGACGAAGGAAUGGAAGCAAUAGCGAAACAGUUUGGUGUGAAGCGGUAUGGGUGGCUUGUUUAUAUGGACAAGAAGGCCAAAGAGGAAGAGAAAAGGCAAAAGGAACUUAUCAAAGGCGAUCCUUCAGUUAAGAAGUUGAGUCGAAAGGAAAGAAGAAAGGUUUCUAGGAUAGAGAGGGAUAGAGAAAGAGAAACUUCAAGGAGUUUUGGAAGACACAUGAUUCAGCAUGAUCCCUAUAGGGAGUCUCGAAGGAGUCCUACUUAUGACGCUUAUCCGCGUUCAAGAAGAUCCAGAUCCCGGUCAUAUUCUCCGUCUUACUCAAGGCGGAAUGGUCAUGGAGACCACUCUGACGAAAUUAGCAUGCCAAAAAUCGAGUAUAUUACAGAAUUUGGAGGCUCUGGAGACGUGGGAAGUCCAAAGUUUGGAGGAUAUUCCCCACCGCGUUCACCACCAUCUCAAACUGACCUAUUCAACCGACCAUCGUCAGGACAUAUUCUUGAGGCACUGCAUGUUGAUCCUGCAUCUGGUGUAUCACUUGAGAAAGACAAGAUUGUUAAAAUACCAAAACCGUCAGUGAGUACUUCCUCGGCACUAGCAAAGCUUUCAAAAGCAGGUACCUCCUCGGGAGGAUCUUCCAAGCAGGCACCAGCGGAGAAGAAAGAAACUCCCCAAGAACGACUGAAGAGAAUCAUGAACAAACAGCUAACGCAACAGAUUAAGAAAGACUCCGCAACAGAGACUGCUAAAAAACGAGAACAAGAGAGGCAGAGGCUGGAGAAACUAGCGGAAACAAGCCGGUUAAGUCGGAGUAGACAUCGCAGCCGUAGUAGGAGUUAUAGUCGAUCACCACCACCGAGGUUGUUAAUAAAGUUAUCAUUUUUGCUUCGUGAUUAG